AUGGCGGACACGUUGGACCCCGUUGCUAGUAUUUACCAGGGCGUCUGGACAGAUUGGUCCAAGGGCAAGAUAUGGGGUCUUACCUUAACAUUGUCCCCAACCUAUGCCAUCAUCUUGACCAACUCGUUGGCAGUCUUUGUCACUGUUUGCGGGGUUCAGCUCUGGAACAUUAUUCGAUACUCGGUCUACAAGUUCGGUACUCCCACCAAGCCAGAGAUGCUCACUCCACAUCUCCAGAGACAACAAACGGUAUUAAAAAUGGCGGGCUCGGACAUCGUUACGACUGCGGGGCGCAUGUUGCGUCUAGCAUGGAAAUAUCGACGGACGAGCACUGGCAAGCCCUCUCUACGCUCAUAUUCAUUCGGUUUAUUCGCCAUAAUCUACGCAAUCCUAUUCUACGCUGCCGGGAUCUUUUCCAAUCGAGCAAUUAGCACCGGCUCAACAAAUGGGCCCUGGCCAGCCCUUUCCAGAAGUAAACAUUGCGGGAUGUGGAAUCAGACUUAUUUUGAAAUUGUAAACAACGGUGACUUUUCCGCAGAAGAAAACUUCAAGAUGAAUAUUCAGUCCUACGCCAAAAGGGCUCAAGAUGUGCAGCUGAGUCUCGAAUAUGCUCAACAGUGCUACUUCGCCCAAUCGCCUACCAAUAGCAGGCCAUCCUCCUCCAACACGUUCAAAACUUCAAGUCUCAACUGGACUAUUUCGACUGGCACAUGCCCUUUUCAAAUGCAAUCAUGCCUUGGAGACCGCAACGUCAUUGUCCUAGAGACAGAUCAGAUUGACUCUCACGAGGCCCUCGGUAUAAACGCUGACCCAAAAGACCGCUUGAAAUACUGGAGAAGGACAACAUGCGCCGUUCUCAAUGGGACUGAUCAUGUCAAGGGGUGGAAUGGCACAAUAAUGAACAGCUCAAGUUCCCUGUCUACACUAGACACUGCUUACGCUUAUUAUGGGCCUUCACUCUACAAGAACACGGAAUGGACAUAUGCCUACUCAAAUUUUGCGUCCUUUUUUGACAAUUUCACCUCUCAGGUGACCCUUGCAUAUCAACUAGACGCAGAAAUGGCUUAUGCCACUGCAGACCCGCAAUGGAGCGUCGGUGAUUUUGAGCCCAUUGCAAAGCUAGUGCAGAAAGAUGCCGACCUGGUUCUUCUUUUUCUCAGCUAUACGGGAACGUACAUAGGCCAGGUUGACGACCCGUGGUUUGCCGCGCAUAACGAAGCCCGGUUCGACCAUCCAAAUAUGCCUCCCUAUCUUCGAACCCGCUAUACCCGGGAUAUGGUCAUCAGUACCCUUGGCUGCACCGAGCAGCAUAAGUUUUGUACCAACGACAACAUCUGCACCGGCUUUCUUGGAUUCGAUCAAGUUCAAAAUGUCGCUGCUUUCAAUGCCGCACUCACACCUCAUCGAAACGUUACCUUUGAUCGAAUGAUGAGAGCUGUGACCUUGUCAAGCCUGAGAAAUCUUGUCUCAUCCCUCCGCUCCACGACUAACCCACUGUUGGCGAACAACGAGACAUACUCUGCGAGUAGUGGUGCAGUGGUAUCAACUGCUUUGCCAGAGAAUCAGUGGACGCUAGAAUUAAAGUAUUACCACUCCAUUGCAAUGGCACACCUUCAACGAGGGAUCUAUCAAUGGGCUACUGGGUCGAUUGCCCCCGAACCACAAUACGUCGAAUAUAUCCUGCCACCAACAGAGGAGCAGGACACCUGGUUCUGCAAUAACAUGAUCCUUCGUUCGACUGUCUAUCAGUCCUUCGCUAUGGUGGUAAUCAUAUUGAUUGUCAUCUUUGGGACGUUGAUAAUCAUUGCCGCAGCUGUCAUUAGCAAGCGUUUGACGACCUCCGAUCAGGAUGAUCCGCUUGAGGAGCAGGAUCCUUUGAGACCUGAAGUUUCGCCAAGAGGUCACUGUAGUCUCUCACCCUCACGACGCAGCGACCUUCUCAAAGCUUUUCAGUUGGCCAAUAUGGAGUCGGUACGAAAUAAGGAUGGAGUCGAUUCUCCUACGCUUCCGCCAGAAGAUCGCUCCAUCUUGAUUCUAAGUUAUGAAGAAAAGUUUGAGACGGUCAGAUCCGAUCUGUAG